GUCCAAGACGAUUCAACUUCUCGACGAACGAAGAAAAAACGAAAUAUCGAAAAAGAGGACGAAAAUAAAAACAAAACUUCUUUCCUCUAAUUAAUAAAUCAGAGUUCGUUUUUCCUGAAAUUGAAAUCGACUUCUGUUACGCUUCGAUUCACUUCUUGCCUCUUGACCAGAUCUGAUUUUCGCUCUUGACGUUGAAUCGUUCAAGUUUCGAUCGCCGAAAGUAUUUGGAGACCGUCGGGAGAGAAUUUGUGUUUUCAAGUGGAAGAUUGGAGGAGGUCGGAGUCUGGGAUCUGACCUCGAAGACGAUUCAGAAGGAUAAUUUGGUUUCCUUCGCUGGGUUUCUCCCGAAAUGUCAGACGCUCUUUCUGCCAUUCCGGCGGCUGUUCAUCGCAACCUUUCCGACAAGCUGUAUGAGAAGCGGAAGAAUGCGGCUCUUGAGCUCGAGGGGAUUGUGAAAGGUCUAGCUGCUGCGGCAGAUCAUGAGAAGAUCUCGAAAAUUAUCGAGAUGUUGAUCAAGGAAUUUGCAAAAUCACCUCAAGCGAAUCAUCGGAAGGGUGGCUUGAUUGGCCUAGCUGCUGUAACAGUUGGGUUGUCAUCAGAAGCUGCCCAAUAUCUCGAGCAAAUAGUGCCACCUGUGAUUAACUCCUUUUCUGAUCAAGAUAGCCGAGUUCGGUACUAUGCUUGUGAAGCUCUCUAUAAUAUUGCAAAGGUUGUGAGGGGCGAUUUCAUUAUUUUCUUUAAUGAGAUUUUUGAUGCUUUAUGCAAACUCUCAGCAGAUUCUGAUGCCAACGUGCAAAGUGCAGCUCAUCUUUUAGAUCGCCUUGUUAAGGAUAUUGUUACAGAGAGUGAUCAGUUCAGUAUUGAGGAAUUUAUACCUCUCUUAAAAGAGCGCAUGAAUGUUCUAAACCCUUAUGUUCGGCAAUUUCUGGUAGGAUGGAUCACUGUGCUUGACAGUGUUCCGGACAUUGAUAUGCUCGGUUUUCUUCCCGACUUUCUUGAUGGGUUGUUCAAUAUGUUGAGUGACUCCAGUCAUGAAAUCCGCCAACAAGCUGACUCAGCGCUUUCAGAGUUUCUUCAAGAGAUAAAAAAUUCUCCAUCUGUAGAUUAUGGUCGCAUGGCUGAAAUAUUGGUGCAGAGGGCUGCUUCUCCUGAUGAAUUCACUCGAUUAACAGCCAUCACAUGGAUAAAUGAGUUUGUUAAACUUGGGGGUGAUCAGCUUGUCCGUUAUUAUGCGGAUAUUCUUGGAGCUAUUCUGCCUUGCAUAUCUGACAAAGAAGAAAAAAUCCGGGUGGUUGCUCGUGAAACCAACGAGGAACUCCGUUCAAUCCAUGUGGAGCCCUCAGAUGGUUUUGAUGUUGGGGCAAUUCUUUCUGUAGCUAGGAGGCAACUAUCGAAUGAGUGGGAGGCUACUCGAAUUGAAGCAUUGAACUGGAUAUCAACACUGCUAAACAAGCAUCGUUCUGAGGUGUUAUGCUUUCUAAAUGACAUUUUUGACACCCUACUGAAAGCAUUAUCUGAUUCUUCUGAUGAUGUGGUGCUCUUGGUUCUGGAGGUUCAUGCUGGUGUUGCAAAAGAUCCUCAACACUUUCGCCAGCUCAUUGUUUUUCUAGUCCAUAACUUUCAGGUUGAUAAUUCUCUUCUGGAGAGGCGAGGCGCCCUUAUAAUUCGGCGACUUUGUGUGCUUUUGGAUGCUGAAAGAGUUUACCGAGAGCUUUCAAAUAUACUCGAGGGGGAAUCGGAUCUGGAUUUUGCUUCUACCAUGGUUCAGGCAUUAAAUUUGAUUUUGCUUACAUCCCCAGAGUUAUCUAGACUUCGAGAUCUUUUAAAACUUUCCCUUGUCAAUCACGAAGGGAAAAACCUUUUUGUUGCCUUGUAUGCUUCAUGGUGUCAUUCACCCAUGGCAAUAAUAAGUCUUUGCUUGCUGGCUCAGGCUUACCAGCAUGCAAGUAUCGUAAUUCAAUCUCUGGUGGAGGAAGACAUUAACGUUAAAUUUCUGGUCCAGCUGGAUAAGUUGAUCCGGCUGCUGGAAACUCCGAUUUUUACUUACCUUAGAUUGCAGCUUCUGGAGCCAGGAAGAUAUAUUUGGUUGUUAAAAACACUUUAUGGUCUUCUAAUGUUACUUCCUCAGCAAAGUACAGCAUUUAAGAUUCUACGAACCCGGCUGAAAGCUGUGCCAUCGUACUCCUUUAGUAGCAACCAACUGAGCCCAGCAUCUUCAGGAGUACCCUUUGCGCAAUAUCUACAACAUGGGUCGCAAUUUGCUGAGGAUGGUGACAUUGAUGAAAAUAUCAGAAAUUCCCACCAAGGCAUUAACUUCGCUGCACGGCUACAGCAGUUUGAGCACGUGCAGAAUCAGCAUCGUGCCCAUGUAAAAGCUCAAGCAAACUCACGUAGCAGUUCCUCUACUUCAACGUCAAAGGAGGAGGUGAGGAGACCCGAGGAAUCCAGAGGCCCUUCGUCAGCAGGGGAAAACAGCAGACCGCCAUCGAGAUUAUCAAGAAAGGGGCCGGGACAGCUACAGCUUUAACCGGGUAAUAACAUCGAACUGCUUUGCCUUUUUGCUGCUGCUUGCUUAUUUGGGAUGGGACAGCAAUCCAAAGGCCCCCUUCUAUAUAUAUGUCUGUAAAAUUGUAUAUCAUUAGUAAGUCUGAAUUUGGCCGGGAUUUCGUCGAAAGCUGCGGACAUUCCAUUCUCUCCGUUGGGUUUGAAUUUACGCGAGAGGAUCUAAAAAGUUGUUUUUUUCUUCCCUCUUGAAUCUGCUGCCCUUUUUUUUUAUUCCUUUUUGGGGUUAAUGAUCUUUACAUUCGUGUAAGCAGAGGAUGUAAAAAGAACCCAUGUGGUUUUGUGGUGUUUUUUUUUUUUUUUUUAAUUAUUUAAACUGGAAAACCACAUGGGAGGGAGGAGGAGGAUGAGAAAUGAUUGAUGCUGCUGUAUGGUUCCAUCUUCUGCCU